AUAAAAAUACGAACCAACCAAUGAGGAAGCUUCGAUUCAUCAUAGCAACAACAGCACUUGAAGUCAGAGAAUCAAUCUCUCUCACUGCUUUUGCUUUCUCCUUUUGGCUUUUGUCUCCAGGAAAAAAGUUCUUUCUCCAGGGAAAACCAGCAGAGCUUAGUUUUACAUCAAGUAACUUCUCCGAUGGCAGUAGCGCCGGCAAGAGCUCGUUCAGACUACGAUUACCUCAUCAAGCUCCUCCUCAUCGGCGAUAGCGGUGUGGGAAAAAGUUGCUUGUUGCUGCGUUUCUCUGAUGAUACUUUCACUACAAGUUUCAUUACAACCAUUGGAAUUGAUUUCAAGAUAAGAACAGUCGAACUUGAUGGGAAGCGUAUCAAACUGCAGAUAUGGGACACCGCUGGACAAGAACGUUUUCGAACUAUAACUACUGCAUAUUACAGAGGAGCAAUGGGUAUAUUACUCGUGUAUGAUGUAACAGAUGAGUCAUCUUUCAAUAACAUUAGGAACUGGAUGAAGAAUAUUGAGCAACAUGCUUCAGAUAGUGUCAAUAAAAUAUUGGUUGGUAACAAAGCUGAUAUGGACGAAAGCAAAAGGGCUAUUCCAACAUCAAAGGGACAAGCUCUGGCUGAUGAGUAUGGAAUCAAGUUCUUUGAGACGAGUGCAAAAACAAAUCUGAAUGUCGAGCAGGUUUUUCUGUCUAUCGCUAAAGACAUCAAACAAAGACUCACAGAAAGUGAUACAAAAGCAGAGCCACAAGGGCUCAAGAUCACAAAACAAGAUGCUAACAAAGCCUCAUCGUCUUCUUCAACUGAGAAAUCAGCUUGCUGCAGUUAUGUUUAG